AUGGCGGAGGCGGCGGAGACGGCUGCCUGCAAAGUUUGCCACACCUGCGGCGUUGAGAAGGAAAUCGACCAAUUCCGGUCGUUCCGAAGCCCUCGACGGAUCGUCCUGGAUUGCGCAGAUUGCCGCAAUCGCGGCAGGCAGCAGAGAGCCGCGUCGAACGCAAGAGUUUCUGCAGCUGCUGCCGUAACCCGCGGACAAGGUCCCGCCUUUGCGCCUCGCCAGAAUCUCACCCACACCGUCCUUGCCCAGCGAUACCACGAAGGCGGCCGUAUCGCUACGGAUACCCCCGAAAUAGCUGCUGCUCGUAGCGAGGUUUCGGAUAUCCAGAGACGCCAUCGCCUCGAGCGUCGCCACGGCGAAGAACCUUCCCAGACCCCGACAAUGAGUAACUUGCUUCGCCAGCAACAAGAGAUCCAGGACCUCGCCGUCGACCUCUCACCCUCUACGCAACCGAGAUUAUCGAUAAUAACCAGCAAGCUAUACUUCCACAACGACGGCCACUACCCUCACCAUCUUCACCUACUCGUGGCCGUCCCCGAGGACGACCGCGCCUUGCACGAAACCCUGUCGGCCGACCCCGUGGUUCCCGAAUCGCCUCUCAACGAGGAGGACCUCGCUAUUAAGACGGAAUUCGACAAGGCACUUGCUGCCGAGGAGAUGCAAUACUGCCUACGCUGUAAAGAGCGGUGA